UCAUUUUACGCCUCCGAUUCUCACAGGACGGAAAGUGCGUCAUUGGCGUAAAAGUUGAAUAUUGCGUGAUUGUCCAAUUCAUUCAUUUAUAACCCCAACUUUUCUUCCGCACUUUCUUACAAUCACUCUUCUCCCCCAUCAAAAUGAAUCGCAACGAAAGCACAGCUGAUGUUGAUUUGGACGUGGUCGUCAUUGGUGCUGGCGUUGGUGGUAUCUCAGCUGGUUACUAUAUCGGACAAAAGUUAGGAUACUCUUAUGCCAUCUUUGAGGCUCGAGAGGAACUUGGUGGUACAUGGUCAAGCUUUACCUAUCCCGGUAUCCGAUCGGAUUCAGAAAUGUUCACUUUGUCAUUCCCAUUCAAUCCAUGGAACAAGACACAUUCCAUUGCAACAGGCGAUGAAAUUUUAGAGUAUGUCAAAUCAACUGCAGAAAAGUUUUACAUUGACAAACACAUCAAGUACGGCCAUACAGCUACGUCUCUAGCCUGGUCAAGCGAAGAGCAAAGGUGGACGUCAACAUUUAUACAAUCAAAUGGUUCCAUGAUCUCUGUUACUUCACGCUUUUUGAUGAUCGCCACUGGCUUUAUCAAUCACAAUAAGCCCCAUUAUCCCAAUUUGUCUGCCAAGAAUCUUUUUAAAGGUCCGAUCGUUCACGCACAACUCUGGCCUGAAGAUCUUAACUAUGCAAACAAGACUAUUGCUGUGAUCGGAUCAGGAGCUACUGCCAUUUCAAUGAUACCUCACUUGGCAAAAACGGCAAAGCUGGUAACGAUGGUACAAAGAUCUCCGUCGUAUAUCAAAGAUCGUAAAAAAGUUGAUAAAAGGACUGAGUGGAUCAUGAAUUUCUUGCCAUUGAAUUUUGCAGCCAUGGUCCUCUUCUUUAUAUAUGAGCUAGAACGAUCUCUCUUCUUUUUCUUUUGCAUGAUCUUCCCGUCUUUGGGUAGGCAUGAAUUGCAAAAGAAUGUUCAAAAGCAACUUCCUCAUAACAUCCCUUUUGAUCAGCAUUUCGUCCCGGCGUAUAAGCCAUUUGAUCAACCUUUAUGCUGGACAUUGGAGAAUGAUCUUUUCAUCUCGAUGAAACAAGGCAAAACAAGUGUCGUUACCGGAACAAUCAAUCAACUCACAGCAAACGGGAUUGAAAUGGACAAUGGACAAUUCGUACAAGCCGAUAUCAUAAUUCAAGCAACCGGCUUUCAAUGUAGAUUCUUGGGUGGAAUGAUGAUCACAGUUGACGGUAAAAAGGUUCAAAUUGGAGAUACAUUUUUCUAUCGUGGAAUGAUGUUAGAUGGCGUACCAAAUGCGAUCGCUUUAUUCGGAUUCGUUCAUGCUUCAUGGACGAUCGGAAUAAAUCAAGCAUGUGACUAUUUCUAUAAACUUCUCAUAAAGAUGGAAAAGGAAGGAUACCAAACAGUCACUCCAAGAGCAGGACCGGAAAUCAAAAAAGGUAUCAAACCUUUUCCGUGCACAUCUGGUUUUAUCGUUAGGGCACUUCAUCUUAUCCCUAAAGUAUCAGAUGGUUUGGUAUGGCGUCAUCAUUUGGAUCCGGUUAUUGAUUGGUUGGAGGUUAGGCUGAACAAGCGAUAUCAAAGUCUAGACUUUGAAUAAGAUAUACAAAUCAGAAAGAUAUACGAAUAGCGGCUAUCGGUAC